AUGUAUCGACUUGUCUCCAACAUUGCUUCACAAGCUAGAAACGCCAGAAAGUGUACAACCCAGUUUGGAAGCAUGCUCAGUUCCACUAGAAGUUAUUCACAAAAAGACAUAAGGUCCGGUGUUAAGGAGCUUGCUGAUACAGGUCAAGUCACUAUGGGACCCAAGGGGUGUAAUGUCACCAUCGAACAAAAAGAUGAUGGUAGUAUCACCAUCACACAAAGCUGGCGUGCACCAAAGGUGACAAAGGAUGAUGUUACUGUUGCCAAGAGCAAUGAGUCCAAGGGAAGAGUCAAGAACGUUGGUGCCAGUCCUGUCAAACAGGUUGCUAAAGCCACAAAUAAUGUAGCUGGUGAUGGAACGACGUAUGCUACAGUCCUUACUAGAGCUAUCUUCACGGAAGCUUGUAAAUCAGUUACUGCUGGAAAGAGUGCAUAUCAUGCUGCAUAUCGUGCAAUGCACCUAAGACUUGGUAUCAAGUUAGCAGUUGAUACUGUUUUGAAGAACUUGAAGAGUAGAGCACGCAUGAUUAGCACUUUCGAAGAAAUUGCCCAAGUUGGAACAGCAUCAGCUAAUGGAGAUAGAGAGAUUGGUGAACUUAUUGCAAAGGCUAUGGAAAGUGUCGGCAAAGAGGGAGUGAUCACAGUUCAAGGUGGCAACACUUUGUUUAACGAGUUGGAAGUUGUUGAGGGUAUGAAGAUUGACAGGGGAUACAGAUCCCCACUCUUCAUUACAAACGAGAAAUACCAAACAUGUGAGCUAGAAGAUCCUCUCAUUCUCAUCCACGAGAAGGAAAUUACUAGUCCUGAUUCUACGUCUACAGUUUUAGAGUCGGCUCUCAGGAAACAAAGGUCGCUGCUGAUCAUUGCAGAGGAUUUGGAUAGCUUUUCUGUUGCUGGGCUAGUUUGGAAAACGCCUCGUUCUCACCAUAUCUGUGCUGUGAAGGCCCCUGGUUUUGGAGAAAACCGUAGGGCUUAUAUGCACGAUCUAGCUACCCUCACAGGAGCCCAGGUAAUAACAGAAGAGAGAGGUAUGAGUCUUGAGAAAAUCGAACUCGGUAUGCUUGGAACCUGCAAAAAGGUAAUUGUAUCCAAAGAAAACACUGUUUUUAUUGGUGGGGCUGGUGACAAGAAAUAUAUUGGAGAACGAUGUGAACAGAUACGAUCCAUGGUUGAAACGAGUGAGUCUGGCUAUGACAAGGAUAUGUUACAAGAUAGGUUGGCUAAGCUUUCUGAGAGUGUUGCUGUAAUAAAGAUCGGAGGAACGAGUGAGAGAGAAAUUAGCGAAAAGAUAGAUAGAGUAAACAAUGCUCUAAAUGCAACCAAAGCAGCUUUAGAAGAAGGUAUUGUUCCAGGCGGUGGUUUUGCUCUUCUGUAUGCGUCAAAAGAACUUGAGAAGAAGCUUUCCACAAAUUAUAUUUUUCAAAAAAUCGGUGUCCAAAUCAUCCAAAACGCUCUCAAGAUACCUGUUUACAGUAUUGCUUCCAACGCUGGAGUCGACGGUAAAGUCAUCGUUGACAAGCUUUUGGAAUCAAAUAAUCCUGACAUCGGUUAUGAUGUUGCUAAAGGAGAAUACGUGGAUAUGGUGAAGUCUGGUAUUAUCGACCCUGUGAAAAUGAUCAGAACCGCAUUGGUUGAUGCUGCUAGUGUCUCGCUUUUGUUGACUACGACGGAAGCAGUUGUGACCGAGAUUCCAACAAAAGAAGAUGCGUUUCCCGUUAUGGGUGGUGGUUAUGGGUGUAUGGGGUUCUGA